AUGGACGGAGAAGAUAGAUCCGUUGAUCCUGAACUGGAUCCUCUCUUUUCUUACCCCCAAAUCCCCUCCGUCUUCCCUCCCCCAACUUCGCAUGAAGCUGCUGCCGGCGUGUCUGUGGGUCGAGGAAGCUUCAGCAGUCGAACAGGGCCUUCAGCGCCGGCUCCAUCCCUCUCCUACACUGACCUUCUCCUCCACAUCUCCCGCAACUGCAAGCAACCGCUGAUCCAGCCCGUUCUGCCUCCCGGUAAGGCGGCAUCGGCGGCAGCGCCGGGGGCAGGGGAGACGGUGGACCUGAGGCGGCUAGCGUCGCGGUGGCGAUCCCAGGCGGAGUGGGCCUGCGCGGCGGUGGAGCUGGAGGCUGAGCCGGCGCCGUCCGAGCUCAACACCGUCAACAGCUCGGGACUCUUCUCCGUCGUCUCUACCGACAAGUUGUCCGUGAAAUACCUCGGCAGCCAUCACCACGGCCACGACGUCGGUGUCGUGCAGGCCGACCGACCCGCUCCCACGAGCGUCAGGAACGCGGGAUACAAGGGGCAGACAUCCAUCGGGUUCACGAACGAGAGCUUCAAGAUGAGGCGACAACUGGGGUGA